UAGAAAAUGAGGUAAAUGGUUUACUUUACUCACACAGAGGAGGUGUCCUGUGUUGACGGCUGUUGUGCUUAAUCUGCAUGUCCUCCUGCUGCUCUCAGAAGGGAGAAGUCCUCUGUGUCUAAGUGCAGGCCUUUCACUGACUCUGAGCAGGGUGUGAGCUCUGUAGAGCUCGUCUUAAGGAUUAACUGAGUUAUUCUGAGGCAGUGGUCACCUGAAGAAUACGCCGUGGUGACAUCAGGAGACACACAUGGCGAUACACAUGGAAGCACCGGGAACAAACAGGUACCAAACUUUUUUGUGAAUGGCCGUCAUGUCUCUGUCGGUGCAUUUUGGUGCUCUGAGAACCAGGGAGCUGCGAAACCUGCUGCAAGAUGAAGACAAAAUAAAUCAUAUCAUCAGGUGUAGUGAGAAGUUCCAGGGGCUGCAGAGGGCUGCAGAGAAGAGGCUGCUUUCAAAUCAAAAAAUGGCAAAAAUCAGUCUUUCUCAAAAAACUCAAUUUAGAGACGCUAAGUUGCUACUUGCAAUGAAGUACAAGGAACUGGAAAAACUUAGAAGCAUCAUCCAGGCCAAACAAGAACAACUUGUAGGAAAGCACAGUGUCCAUUAUUAUCAGCAGUGCCUCCUGAAGAAGAUAAAUCGUGCAGAGGAGGAGUGUGAGCUGCUGUUUCAGAGGUUUGCGGAGGGGAAAACACCGGUGGCAGAUUUCUUGGAUUCCUUUCUCACCCUGCAAAAACUCCAACACAUCAGGUUAGUCCUGGUGAAGAAACUCCAGGAAAUUACAGAACUCAGAUCAACACAAAGGAUCAGUGAGAUAAACCCCGAAACUCAGCAUUUCUCAGCAGGUUUUCCUGAGCAGAUCCGUAACACAUGCCUCCCAGUCUGCAGCCUAACCACAGCUGUCAUCUUACCUACCUGCUGCCACCCUACGUUCCUGCUGCCCUUUGGCACCCAUGCAAACACUGUCCAUUGUCUACAGCAUUUGCCAUUUCGUCAUGAUUACAAUGAGUCCCUGCUUGCAAGAGUGCAUGGACGAAGCCCCAAAUGGCCAGGAAGACCCGUCCGUCUUCAGCCACUGAAGGUGCAACACAGCAGGCAUCAACAAGCACCACAAUGAAGUCUACUCCAGUCUCAGAUACAUGUUUUUCAUUUAAUGAAGGUUAACCCAGUGGGGGGGAAAGUUUCCACUGCUUUAAAUAUUGAAAACUACACAGUAACAAAAAUUGGCAUUAAAUGCUUCUGCUGAUGCUGAUCUAAGUUGCCACUUUACUGUUUUAUUUAGGCUGUUUGUUUUAAGACAACAUUAAUAAACACUGAUGGAGAGAGA